UUAUCAUUUGUUCGAGCUUCCUCUGGACUCUACAGUUUCAACUUUCGAGCGUUGCGAUCCAAUGUUGGCGGCGCUGCGAACUCGGUCUAUCCAUUUCUGCUCACCACAGCCUUCCCUCCUCCAUCGAUCAUGGAAGCUAGGCUUGUCAGGUUCCAGCCACGUUUUCUCUUCAUCGACUGUCGAAUCAAGCAGAAGCAGUAGCAGCUACAACAAAGGCUUGCUUGACCUAAACGAGGUUGAGAAGGUUCUUACCGACGUGAAAGCAGACGACGUGAAAGUGAUACCGGUCGAAAAACACUGUGAUUGGGCAGAUUAUAUGGUGAUCGCCACCGGUAGGUCUACCUGGCACGUCAAGAACAUCGCUCAAGCUCUUAUUUACAAGGCUAAGCAAAAGCAGAAAGGAGCUGAGCGGAUGAUGCUUCCAAGCGUGGAAGGGCAAGAGAGUGGAAAGUGGAUCGUCAUUGACUCUGGCAAGGUGAUUAUUCAUGCUCUUGAUGAGAAGGCCAGAGCUUAUUACAAUUUGGAAAACCUUUGGACUUGUGGCACGUCUCGAAAUGAGCCAGUUCAGGGUGGAAAGAAAGCAUUUGCGAUUAUUUCUGGUUAGGGCAUGCAGAAUAUUCUCAGAUUACAAACUGGAGUAGAGACCAGUAAUGAUAUUGCCUAUAAUUUAUUUAUACAUAUUGCGAAUGUCUGGGUUUUGAGAUGGGAAUAUGCGAAUAUGGGUUUUGAGGUGGGUUGGUGUUGCUGUUGCCUUGGUAAGAUCUCAAUCUAAAUCCUUGUUCAUAAAACUUCCUACUUGUUUAAAAGAGCUUUUGAACAUUUUAAUUUUACAAAUUCUGCUCGUCCUCAUUCGUGUCUAAUAAUUUAUUAACUAGCAUAAGUAUAGAACUUUUUCUGAUUGUAGUUUUCUUUGGGGAGUGUGGCUGCGGGUGUGGGCUUGUCAUUUUCUUCUUCUAUUUUGUGUCAAUUAUUUUGCAGUUGGUGCAUAAUGCUGGGCUCUAACUUGAUCUCUGCUUUGAGUUGCUUGGCAAAGGACUCCAACUAACAUCCCGUAUUUUAUUU